AUGCAGCCGGAUAAACAGUCUGGCACCAAAGUGGUCAUUGAAUCGGAGUACGACAAUGCGACUGACAAUGACCAGACGCACAGUUUCAAAACGGAACAGGACACAAUAUCCACAGCUAGCAUCAAGCUGACCAAAGGCUACAGCAAGCACGCGAAUACUGGGAUUGAAAUGGACCUCCCGGAAGAAAUGUCACGAAUGAAUGCUGGAGAGGAAUCCCCGACUGCGAGAAAGAAACAGAUGGCGACUGCUAGUUUCGGAAACAGCAUUCACGUUGGAACUGACGAAAACAGCGUUGUCAGCAGGAAGAAGGCUUGGUCUGUGGACACAACGAUAUCCUCCAAGAGUGGGAAACUGACGAUAGCCCAGCUGGAGGUGGAGGAGACAAGCGCAAUUUAUGAAUUCGCCAGUGCCAUCAAAUUGAAGGGAAGGGUGGUUGCUGUCAUUCGGGACAGGAGGAACAUGGAGAAAGUUGUGCAGGUGGUUGAAAACGAUGUGGCAACAGUUCUUAAUGACGUUAAUGACAGAAAUGGAGGUAGGAUGGGGGAUUUUAGGUUUGACAUGGACAACCGCACUGUUCAACUGCCACUAGAGGGCACCGUCACAUUCAGAUAUGGCGUGUCCCAGAGGGUGAAGGUUUCCUAUGGACAAAGGACUGAUGAAGCAAGAAACCAAAUCACCCCAAGAUCCAAUAUAUACCCAGGGAUUCACUUGGAGGAUGUGUGA